AUGUACCUGGACGGCUACCUUGACUCUGGGAGUUUUUUCGACGCCACUGAUCCGAGCUGGACUAGUUACCUUCAGUUUCAGAUUCAAAUGGAAAACUACUUCAAAACGAUCUCACCUCAAGAAGUCAAUCCUUUUCCUGCUGCUUCGGAAUUGUUGUCUUCGUCAGUAGAAGCACCUGUGGCUGUGGGACGAGAGCGAAAAGAAAAGCGCUCUUACAAAUACAAAGUUGCAGCGUUGAAAGCUGCCAACGCCGCCUUGCUACAGCCUUUGAAGCAAAUCCACAAUACGAUUUCUCAAGAGGAGAAAGAGGAAAAUAUCUCCGAGGGGUUCAUAAUGCUGGUGAAACGUGUCCGAAUACGCCUUGGCUUCACUCAGUCAGACUUGGGCUCUAGCCUGGGGGCAAUGUACGGCAAGCAAUUCUCACAGACGACAAUUUGCCGCUUCGAGUCUCGACAGCUAUCGAGCAGCAACAUGAAACGGCUGGUGCCGCUUUUGAAGAGGUGGGUGGACGAUGCCGAGACGAACCCGGCUCAGGUAAUUCAGAAGACGAACGAAGAAGUGAUCAAAAAGACCAAAAAGCGAGAUGUUAGUGAGCCUGAUGUUGCAGCGAUUUUGGAGAAGCAAUUUUUGAAAAAUUCGAAACCAACGGCGGCUCAGCUUUCUGUGAUGGCCAGAUCUUUAGAUUUGGACAAAGAGGCGCUUCGAAAUUGGUACACGCGGCAGAAAUCCAACUCAAUAACCCUGGCGUAA